AUGCCGUUAACCAUGUUCAUGCUUUUGGAUGCCCCGCUGCUGCUGCUGGGCGCGGAGGCUCCAGCAGAGCUAGCAACCGAGGCGAGAGGACGGGUGCUGCUGCCUCGCACAUUGCUAUUGAAGCUGCUGACAGUGCUGGCGCUGCUCGCCGCGCUACUAACAGCGCUACUAACGCUGCUCGCGGCAGAGCUCACGACGUCCGACGCGCUUACGCUUGCACUCGCACUCGCGUCGCUAGGCACCGAGGCCGUGGACAAUGCCGGCUCGACUGCUGAGGAAGCCGACGCUGAGACCGUUGCCGAAGCUGAGGCGGUAGAUGUCAGUGUCGUGUGGGCACUAUCAGAAAUGAAUUGUCAGCUCGCCGUUCGCUGUACAGGGUGUAAAUGCACCAACCUCACUCCGCUAGCGAGCAAGAAAAGGGCCACAGAGGCAGUUGAGAAUUUCAUGCUCGUCGUCAGUGCGUCGUUGAGGUCGUAUUGCGCCCACAGCGGUAUUGUAAUCCCUCUUAUAUGA